UUGGGCAAAUACUUCGGCUAUUCUUCAAUCAUGGAAUCGUUGCUCAAACUGAGCCUACUGCUGGUUUUGUGGAUUCAUUUUUGCACAAAUUGCCCCGUGGUUCUCGGUUUUCUCAAAGUCGAAUUAUUCCUAUAUAUUCAGCGAAUGCUCUAACUUCAAACCAAGACCAACUGACUUUUGUGAUACCAAAACAAACCGGCGGCAACACAAUUCAUUUGGCCAACAUUAAAGUGGAGGCUGGAAUUCAGCUCACAACUGCCUCUGGAAAUCCGCCCAACAACUUCGAAACUGGUGGACCUGGAAUUGUAGCUAACAUUCUUCCCAGCAUGUUCAAGGAGGCCAGGUUGAUUGAAAAUGGAACCGUUUUGAAUCCUCAGUGCGACAAUUGUCUGUUUGUCACUUACUUAUCUUCUUCAUUGUCUUACGGUAACGACGCCAAAAAGAGCCAAAAGUGCAUGGAGGCCUAUCACCAGGAUGAUCUCCUUGGCGUUGUGCAAUCAAAUGAUAUAAAUAACGCAGACUUUAUGGAAAGACGUCAACAAUUUUUAACUAAAUCGCUUCCUCAGACAUAUAAAGCAUAUCCCUCAAUUUUUAUGGGCCAACUACAAACCGGCAUUUUUUUUAAUGAGGAAGGCAUGCUGCCUGAUGGUUGUGAUGUUACAAUCGUUUUUACCCAGACAACUAAUGAAUUUCGAGCCUUUACCUCUGACGAGACGGAUGAUAUUGUGGUGACAUUGGUCUCACUCAAGCUGCACGUAAAAAUAUCUGCCCUUAUGAUAAGGCUGUGUACCAACUAAUCUGCCAGGUGAUAACUUUGUUGGAAGGAGGACAAAAACUUCUUACAAGUUAUCCUGCAAGUGGCAGGAUGCGUCAGCUUUGACCAGUCAGAACAGACGGCAGAUGGGAAGGGGCCAAUGAGCCUACAUCAACUGCAUUCAUCAAGGGUAUUCGGAUGACUAUCAAUGGUAAGUGCCGUGAUGGCAGGAGUGAGUUGCAACCCUUGAUUUUGGGCCAUUGUCGUCUGCAGGUUCGUCCAUUGAUUCAUUGACGACCAAAGGAAGCGAGGAUGAUGAUGAGAUCGCUUUUGCCCGGUUGCAAAUUUUCAACACAUUUUUAGCUUAGCCUUUUACAUCCGGGAUAAGUUAUGAAGGUUUGUCAAAAGGGGAUGUUUUUGCAGAUUGCAUUAUUUGAAUUUCAGGAACAGUUUUGAGAUAAUUUCCUUCAUUCCAGAUUUUAUAAAUGGAUGUUACGUUUGGUGUGCGGAUAUACAUAAGGUAUGGGUUUACAAUUUGUCAACUCAAACCUAAAGCUGGUCAAUCAAACUUCGAUUGUUCAAAGUGUCAGUUAAGGGAUUCAAUCUUCACCUUUUUUGUAGCUUUUCAGUACUAGUCUCGAGACCAAUCUUGACUAUCUAAUUCCAACAGUCUUAGAGAGUAUGAUACGGUUAGAAGUUGAGUUCUCAGCUCCACUCGGUAAGUUGAUUUUACGACACACACAUACGUACUUGCACAUCCCUUCCAACAGCCAUCGCUUCUAAUCCACCUUGGUCUCUCUCAUUUUUUCUCCAAGUGAAGAGCUAGUUAUGCUCACCAUUGAUAAGCAUUUAAUAAUGUGGGAAUCAUACUAUCUUCUACAAGUUUCUCCAAUUUCAUUUUUAUAGGUCAACAACACCCCAGUCUUAUCGUGAUUGGACGUGAGCGAUCCAUUUCGUUGUCUUAUCCCGUAUAAGAAGAAAACAACGACGACUAUUGACAAACGGAAAUUUAGUAAAAACACAUGAUUUACCUGGUGAUAGUGGUUUUUAUUUAAUCGAUGUGAAACAAUCAACAGUAGACCGACUAAGUACGUAAAUGUAA